AACUUUACUGGACUGUGGGAAUGUAAAUGAGUGGGGACAGUGCGCAUUCACACACAGAGCAGAGAAGUGCUGGGUGAAGAAUAUUAAACGGAAAGAUGAUGUGGGGACAGUGAAUAAAAAAGGGGAGAUAGGGAGGGACGUGUCCUGUGAGUCUAGUGCAGAGGAAUUCGUCAGACUGACUGUAGGGGAAUCACAAGGCAGAGCAGAAUGCAAACAAAAGAGAAAACAAAUAGGAACAUAGUUACUGGCCCUACUGUAACCUGGGUGAGCCAGAACUAACCAACCCCUUCUUAACAGGUCACGAACAAGCGCAUCAAGAUGAGUCAGUGCUUUUAUAAUGAGAGCAUUAAGUUCUUUUACAACAAUAGCGGGAAAGAACUCUAUGACACAUGGAGGACCAAGGACAAGCUGGUGGUGGGCUUGGGACUUACAGUGUGUGUCUUUGUGAUGUUGUUCAACCUGCUUGUGAUAGCCGCCAUUAUCAUCAACAGAAGAUUCCACUAUCCAAUCUAUUAUCUCCUGGGGAACCUGGCUGCAGCCGAUCUGUUUGCUGGGGUUGCUUACACCUACCUCAUGUUCCACACGGGGCCAAAUACAUCUAAACUGACAAUAAAGACCUGGCUCGUUCGACAAAGUCUACUGGACACGAGUUUGACCGCAUCAGUGGCCAAUUUACUGGCCAUAGCUGUAGAGAGGCAUCAGACAAUAUUCACCAUGCAGCUCCAUAGCAAGAUGUCCAACCAACGGGUGUUCAUCCUCAUUGCCUGCAUUUGGAUUAUAGCGUUGUUGCUGGGUCUGAUCCCAUCUUUUGGUUGGAGUUGUAUAUGCAACAUAAGUGCUUGUUCCAGAAUGGCUCCUCUUUACAGCAGGAGCUACCUGAUCUUCUGGGCAGUAUCCAACUUGGUGGCUUUUCUGAUCAUGAUGGGGGUCUACAUGCAUAUCUUUAUCUACGUCAAGGGGAAGAUGACCAGGAUGUCCCAGCACACGUCGUCUCAACCCAAGUAUCGGGAGACCAUGAUAAACUUAAUGAAAACUGUCUUCAUUAUCUUAAGUGCCUUUGUGAUCUGCUGGACCCCUGGCCAAGUUGUCCUCCUCCUGGACGGUUUAAAUUGCAAGAGCUGCAAUGUUCUGGCCGUUGAGAAGUAUUUCCUGCUCCUGGCUGAGAUCAAUUCCGUCAUCAAUCCCAUAGUGUACUCCUACCGGGACAACGAGAUGAGACUCACCUUCAAGCAGAUUCUUUGCUUCUGCUGCAACAGGGGUUCCAAAUACUCUCCAGGACCCCUGAAGUCAACUAACACCGAGAGGAGAGCCUUGGCUGACAAUGGACAUUUAAUGAGAGAAUGCAGUCUUUAGGCAUGUUUUUUUUUUGUAAUGUUCUCUGUCUGCCGGGAGCACCAAAUCCACGUGAGAUGCUAACACUUGCAGUGAGGCCCGGCCCAUCUGGACACAAAGUAACGUGCAUCAAGAUGCAUUGGUGUUAGGAAGUUUAUCCUUGGAAUGUUCCAUGGAAGGACAUUCGAUGAUUGAGACAAAUGCGCUGCCUUAUUUUUUAGGAUGGACCCAUGUAUCCUAUGUCUACAGAGGCUUCUCAAACUACUCUUAUAGAUUCAUACCACUAUUGGGAACCUCAAGACUCAAUAAGACGUCUCUAGACUAAGCCACGUUUAACAGCAUGGUGUCAUUUACAGUGUAAUCAUUUUAGCAGGCUGUUUGUCUUUGCCCAUUUUGUGUACAGUACCAUCUUCUAGAGUAAGAUGGCUAGUUCACAUAUAGCCACUGUGUCUCAGUGGGAUGUGCUAAUAUACAGAUAUGACUCCAGUUAUCAAGGACAAGGAGGUUAAGGAGCCCAAUAUGAGGGCAAUCUGGCUUUAUUAUGGCCUUACUUUUUGACCAUCACUUCGUUCAUGGGCCAUUUUGACAAAGUGCCUUGAGAUCACACUGGAUCUCACUUGGUUUGUCCCAUCAGAUUUUCCAGCCUACCAUUGCCAGCCAUAGUCGGAAGGGGGAAUAUAGUCAUAGGGAAUUUCUGUAAUUGGCACUAAUGUUUGGAGCAUUUGUGUAAACUGAACUUCACCUAUCUUCCAGUGGAACCCUGCAUCUUUGUUUUACGAGGUGUUGUACACUGCCCCAGCAUUGGGGUAAUGAGUGUAGUACCCUGUACAUCUACUAUGCCCUUGACUUUGGAGAAGAGGGAUUAUAUAGGGGCAUCAAAAAAGGACUGUAAGCUUUGGGAUGUGGUAUAUCAACCCUAUAACUAUACAAAAUAAUUAAAAUACGGCUUUAUUUGCCCUUUUCCCAAUGGCAAAGAUGGGUGUUGUGUUCCGGCAUUACUCCUCGUGGAUCACCUUCCAUAAACUAGAAAGGGAAGCACCACGGGUUUCCUGGCAUAAUCUUAACAGAGCAACAGAAUUGUGGGAAGGCCAAGUUAUACCACAAUGUGCUGAAAGGGAAUAGCAUUUAUCCUGUAUUAUGGUUUUAAGCACCUUGUUAUUUUCCUGAUUAGUUACAGUCUGACUGUAUAAAUAAAGGACACUCGGAGAAUUGAAUCUGUGACUUGCGAAAGGGGCCAGCAAAUGCGGGUGCCACUCUAUUAUGAAAUAAUAUAUAUUUUGUUAUUGUCCUCUUUUUAGGGAUGCACAGAAUCCAGGAUUCGGGCUUUUUCAGCAGGAUUCGGAUUCGGCCGAAUCCUUGCGCCUGGCCGAACUGAAUCCGAAUCCUAAUUUGCAUAUGUAAAUUAAGGGCGGGUAGGGAAAUCAUGUGACUUUUCGUCACAAAAGAUUCUUUUUCCCACUUUUUCCUUCCCUGCCCCUAAUUUGCAUAUGCAAAUUAGGAUUCAGAUUCAGUUCAGUAUUCUGCCGAAUCUUUCAUCAAGGAUUCAGCGAAUAGUGGAUUCGGUGCAGCCCUACCUCUUUUAUAUAAAUCUUUUUUGUUGUGUGGUUCCAAUUGACUUUUGCUUUAUUUUUUGGGGGGAGGGGGGUAAUUAAAUAACUUAAUCACUGA